CCAUACUUGUUGCGCCUCAAAAUUUCAAGGGUGCAUUCCUUAUAACUUUUCCAAAGACCGUUCAGGACCAAAAGACUGACUUACUAUCUUUAACCAUACUCGGGUCAUUUACUCCUGAGGGACGUUUAUCUCAUUAUUCUGUCCUUGUUGGGAAUAAACUGUAUUUUUUUGGCGGAUAUGUUGAUAAUGCUAAAUCAUGUACAAAUCAAGUAUUUUAUCUCGACUUAUCUCAGUCAUUUAAUUUAGCUGUUCCACCUUGGGUUUCCCUUACGCAAAAUGCCGGAAUACCAUUCAAAAGUUGCUGGGGAACUGCUUUAUUGAAUGACAAGGAACAAAGUAUUUAUUUAUUUGGUGGAAUUAUGAUUAAUGAUCUAAAUCAAGACGAUUUUAUUUCAAAUGUUCAUUCAUUUAAUUUAAAUUCCUUAUCAUGGAGUGUACCAAAUAUCGAAGGAACUCCACCCGAAAGACGCACAAAUAUACAUGGUGUUAUUGAUAAUACCGGAAAAAUUUAUAUUUUUGGUGGAUCUUCGUUAGGUUCACAAACAAUUAUACGUUACAAUGAUAUGGUCAUCCUAAAUACAGCUGAAUUAUCAUGGGUUAUCAAUCCAGCUAGUAAACCUGCGCAAAAUUCUUAUACCGCAACACUAUUAACUAAUGGAGUUAUUGUAUAUAUUGGUGGUAUUGGAUCACUUGAAGGCAUUGCAACAAUAGUUGACAUUAAAAACAUUAACCUUUUUGAUACAAAGUCCUUAACUUGGUCAGUGAAAAUUGCAACAGCUUCAAAUAUCAUUCAAAAUCGUUAUCUUCAUACGGCGGUUUUAGUUGUUACAAAUAAUUCUAAUAAUGCUAAUAAUGAAUUAGUUACUAUGAAAAUUAUAAUCGCAUCAAUUGGAGGUACUGUAGGUUCGGUUAUAAUUAUAGCAUGUGGAUUUUUAUUUUAUAGAUGGAAUAGAAAUAGGAAUGAACAACCUGAAUUCAUUAAUGGAGAACAACAUAAUUUGCCUGGAAGUAUUGUUGAGAAUAAUUAUAAUAGAUAUAUAGCGUAA